GAAGCCCGUGUCUGUCCGGGCCGUCGGAAUCCAGCCCUGUCGCAACCCUGUCCGGAGCCCGAGAAUUACCUAUCUUGCCUCACCUUUUCCACCUUUGUACACAGUGAAUUAGGAAAAGCGACCGAGUUAUCGCCAUCGCCUCCUGCGGUAAUCUUCGAACCCGUUGAGAACGGGGACCGACUGUGGUCCUCGCUCACCAGGGCGCUAGAGAACACACGCGCCCAAGAACGGUGCAAACUUGCUGGAGGCCACGCGUUACAUCAGACGUUAAGAGUUAUUUACUGAGGGCCUCUGAGCGCCAAGCACUGAGUAGCAGCCACACAUUUGUUGUUACCAAUUCCACAAGCUUUCACGGAGCGUGUGCUGUGUGCAGGUUUGGGGGCGGGGGCGGUGCCAUGGGGCAUACGCAAAAAUCUCUCUCUCUUUCUGUCUUCAAAGCGUCCCAUCUCCCAGCCCGCAUGUUUAGCCACGAUCUGCGUUCCCACUCUUCAUUUUACAGCCAAGGAGACAGACCCAGCAAAGAAACUUGUCCUAACAUGCACAGUCAGGCUGGCAACAAGACGGCCCUGGUCUCUCUGUCCAGGAAACGCACAGUGUAGACGGAGGAACAGCGUCUGUCAGCUUCCAUCCUAUAUAUUGUGGAUAUUUUCCGCAUAAAAAGUAGACGUCUACAUUAUUAUUUUUUUGAGAGAGAAAGAGAGAGAGUGCACAUGGGGGAGAGGGGCAGAGGGAAAGAGAGAGAGAGAAAAUCCCAAGCAGGCUUCGCACCGAGCAUGUCUCAAUCCCCCGACCCCGGGAUCACAACCUGACCUAAAAUCAAGACUUGGACCAACCGAACCACCCAGCCACUCUACGUUAUUUUUUUUAAUACUUGCCCAAACUGAGUUGAGCCAGGGGAAGUAGCUGCACUGGGUCCCUCUGCAUCCCAGAGUUUGCCGGGACCAAGGAUGGGCCUGCCCCCUAAGAUCCAGAUGUGAGCCAGCAUGAAGACAGCGUCAACAAGGAGUCAUCUAGAUCCCGCCUAAGAGAGCCAACUGCAUGGACUGUAUCUUCAGUUACCCAGUGAAGACUGUGCCUUCAAACGACCCUAGGACUGAAUGUCACCGAAGAGAGAGCAGAAAGUUCUGGGUCUGCUGGAUUUUUAGCCGGAGAGGGGAAUAAUUCCCACCAUGAGACCCAGGACACCCACUAGGAGGCGCGCGUGCGAGGAACUCUGUGGGUGCAGAGGCGCGAUGGACGGGGAGGCUGGGGGGGCGCCCGAGGUACACAGGUCCCCGGCUCCCGGGGACUUCCACUUCUGUCCCACGGAUCUGUAUGACUCCGAAGGCCGGCUGCGGCUCUUCCCAGAAGAACACACGCGGACGGGAAGACAAGUCCCCGCCGAAAUGACCAGCGAGCCCGGGGGGGCGGCCCCAGGUAAGGCCCAGAGCGACCUGGAGGAGGAGGUGCAGGAGCUUGUGGAUUUGUACGCGCUUGGAGGUGGUGGCGAGUGGGGCGCGGAGCUCGUGCAUGGAAGCGCGCCGCGCGUGGAGGUCUCGGAACCCCGGCUGCACCUGCCCGCGGCCGGGGCGCAGUGGGACUGGCGGCUGGGCGCCGAGGCCGAGGACCCGGGCUGCUUGGGCUGGGGCGCGGCCGGCCGGGACCUGCGGGAAGCCUACAGGUACGCGCACGGCCGGGCCAGCGAGGAGUACGAGUGCUACGUCAUCCCCGAGGAGGAGGACGAGGACGAAGCCGCCCUGGUCUUCUGUGUCACUUGCAAAGCCCCGGUAAGGGCGCGCGAGGUUUCGGAUGCGCACGGAGAGCAUGAGGUGACCCCCCUCAGCAAGGCCCUGGAAAGCGCCAAGGACGAAAUUCACAAAAACAUGUUCAAACUGGAAAAGCAGAUUAUCGAGAUGGAGAAUUUUGCAAAUCACUUGGAGGAGGUUUUCAUCACCGUGGAGGAGAACUUUGGAAGACAGGAACAAAAUUUUGAGUCACAUUUCAAUGAGAUUUUGGAAACACUUGCUCAAAAAUAUGAAGAAAAAAUACAAGCUCUCGGAGAGAAAAAGAAAGCGAAGUUGGAAGCCUUGUAUGGACAACUGGUCAGCUGUGGGGAAAACCUGGAUACCUGCAAGGAACUCAUGGAAACCAUAGAGGAGAUGUGUCACGAAGAGAAGGUCGACUUCAUAAAGGAUGCUGUGGCUAUGGCUGACAGACUGGGAAAAUUCUUGAAUACAGAAACAGACGUGGAAAUCUCUGCGCAGCCUGACUUUGAAGACCAGACCUUGGACUUCUCUGAUGUGGAGCAGCUAAUGGGCUCCAUUAACACCAUCCCAGCUCCUUCUGCUCCAGUGAUAAACCCACAGGCCCCCAACUCGGCCACGGGCUCCUCUGUCCGCGUGUGCUGGAGUUUGUACUCUGACGACACGGUGGAGAGCUAUCUGCUGUCCUACCGGCCGGUGCAUGACGGCUCGCCUGGGAAGGACCAAGCAGAGUUUACAAUGACUGUCAAAGAAACAUAUUGCUCAGUGAGAAAUCUUGUGCCAAACACCCAGUAUGAAUUUUGGGUCACAGCUCAGAACAGGGCCGGCCGCAGCCCCGCCAGUGAGCGUGCAAUGUACAUGACAGCCCCCUCCCCUCCCGUUAUAAAAAGCAAAGAGAUACGGAGCUGCGAAGAGGCUGCACUGAUUUGCUGGGAGUCUGGGAACCUGAAUCCCGUGGACUCGUACACAGUGGAGCUGACCCAGGCGGAAAGUCCUGAAGCCUCGGGAGUAACUGAGUCGGUCGUGGGCAUCCCGACCCGCGAGGCCUUGGUGCAGCUGCAGCCCAGGCAGCGCUAUACCAUCUACGUGCGAGCCCUCAGCGUGGGGGGCCCCAGUGCAAGGAGCGACCCCGUGACCGUCUACACCACAGGCCCAGUUUGGACCCGGCUGCUCAGCCUCUUCCUAGGCCCUGUCUGGCCCCGGCGGGCGCCCGCAUCCCUAGGUCCAGCGCCUUUCCCUUGUCCCUUGCCGUCAUCCGUACAACGGUCACACAUCCUGUCCAGACCCUGCAUGAGCAGAGACGUCACCGGAAGCUUUGCAUGCACCCACUUUCCUGGCACUGCUUGGCACUCCUGGCACUCCUGGCACUGUGGGUGUGUGCUUUGUCACAGCACACCGGGGGCCGGUGACCCCUCCCCCACCUCACAGCCAGUCCAGCUCAGGCCGGCUGACGGGUGGAGGGCAGGCAGCUUCUUCCACCUGAACCAGCACACCUGCCAUCCCGGGCUGACCAUUUCUGAAGAUGGGUUUACGGUCGUGCGGAGCGAAAGGAAAACCCCAGCAAAGGAGCCGCUCCCUGGCAACACCCGGUUUACCAGGUGUGUUGCCGUCAUGGGGAAUCUCAUUCCAAUCCGAGGGCGCCAUUACUGGGAGGUGGAGGUGGACGAGAGGUCCCACUACACGGUGGGUGUGGCCUUUGAAGAUGUCCCUAAACAAGAGGACCUGGGAGCAAACUGCCUGUCUUGGUGCAUGAGGCACAGACUUGAAUCAUCACGGCAUAAGUAUGAGUUCCUGCACAACGGGAUGACUCCAGAUAUAAGAAUAACUGUCUCCCCGAGGAAGAUCGGCAUCCUGCUAGAUUAUGAAAAUUCAAAAUUGUCAUUUUUCAAUGCGGACAUUUCUCAGCAUCUGUACACGUUUAGUUGUCAGCUUCACCAAUUUGUGCAUCCCUGUUUUUCUUUGGAAAAGCCUGGGUGUCUAAAGAUACAUAAUGGCAUUUCAAUGCCAAAGCACGUCACUUUCUACUAGACCAUUCUGAUGCCAGCUCCCUCUCUUCUGUACCCACCCCUCUCCGCCGGCCACCCCUCAGCUGGUUGAACUUGACGUUCAAGCACUGGUUUCUAGCCCUGCGCACUGCCGCCUGUAUGACGUUAGGUCAGUCAUGACCAGGCGCGGCUGCAAAAUGAGGGCUCAGCCAAAAUGAACUCCAGGCCUUUCAGGUGGUCAAACUGUAUCGGUCUGUUUGUUUAUAUGCAAAGUAUCUGAAAGUCCAAGGCCUACAGAGCGUGGGGGCAGGGGCAAGGGAGGGAAGAGAUACAUAUAUUACUAGUGGCCGCGGCACACCCGGGACAUCUAGAGAGUCAGCCGGGAACAGACUCCAGAAGGCAAGAGGCUGUCCACAGAGAACCAGGGAAGCCACGUGCCUUCUGUUUUCCCGGGAGUGAAUGGCACUGUGAUGCAGUUUCUGGCACUGAGCACGCUGUCACACCUGUUCCCCUCGUUCACAGAACUUAGCCCACUCAAACUUUGAAAUGACCUCUACCGUGCGCCCUUCCAUGAAGGCAGGGACAGUGUCUGUCUUGUUCAUCAUUCGGUCCCUAAGGACUAACGUGUAACAAACGGUACACACCAAAUACUGAAUAAAUUAGUAUCUUCCUCAUCCAA